AUGACUAAGAACAACGGCACCGAUGACAUUAUACCUAAGUGGAAUGGAGAUCUCACCACGGUGGACGAUUAUGAGAGAGACGUCGAGGCCUACAUCCGAGGGACGAGGCGAGAUGAGAGAUAUGUGUGCGGCCCACGUCUAUGGAGACGACUAGAAGGUCGAGCCCGACAAGCAGCCAAGGACGUGGACUGGGACCGCAUGGAGAAAGAUGAUGGAGCUGCAGAGCUACUACGACAUGUUCGAGCGAUGCUCGGAGCUCAGCCCAUCCAGGAUGCAGUCAAGUAUCUAGCGAGAUGGAUCUUCGACUUACGCAGAGAUACAGGAGACCCAAUGCCGAGUUAUAUCAGCAGAGACGACGAGGCCUACCACGACGUUGUGAAAGGGUUUGACACCGAGUAUUUCAAGAAGCAGCGUACGGCCCGACUCUCCGAGAGAUCCAACUUGUGGAACACCCACUACAGUGAGUUGAAGUGGUUUCUUUACAAGAUCGAGCAUGAGGGCCCAGAAGAUGCUGCCGAAGUAGCGAAGGACCUCAACUGGCGUCUCUGGAGUUUUGUCAGCAACGGCCUAGAGGAGAUACCCGAGCAUCCAGAUUUCGGUACCGACUUCAAUCAGGAGAUUCCUCUGGACCAACUGCGCGGAUGGCUACUGCUGCAGAGAUCAAGAUUGUCCCCGACCGAGCGUGCAGCAGUGAUCAGCGCAGUCAAAGGCAACUUCGACUACGACAGCAUCGGAAAGCAGUUGCGAGUAUCUUGGCCCGACGAUGAGUUGACGAAUCGCGACAAGAAGCAAGGCAAGGAGCCGCUCUACAGCGCCCAGGAGAUCGAGGACGCCGAGACCGCGUUCGCCGCCCAGCAGCGCAGCUUCGAGGUCGCGGAGGACAGCGCAAGUUUCAAGGGCCCCGGGCUGGAUCCCGAGGCUCUGGAUCGUCGAGUAAAGGACGGGGCCGAGGGAGCGGACAGCGACGUGACGGACCACCUCGACGAGAUGGAGAUCGCUCCCAAGGAUGCCGAGAUGGAGGCCAACCUCAUUACGAACGAGACGACCCGCAUCGAGCUGGAGACUGCGAUGCUUUACAAGCCGGUGAGCAAGAACAAGCCGAAGCGGGAGAAGAGGCAGCUCGACAAGACCCAGUAUCUUCAGGUGGAGAAAUCUAUCGAGAUGCGGGAGCGAGUUCAACACGUCAAGCUGCCGAGCUGGCCUACACUGGAGAAGCUCGACGACUGGAUCCUCAUGAGUGUGAAGCAGAGCUCCUCCAAGGGUUUCGGAAUCCUGGACAUCGGCGCAACCUCCAGCAUCAUGGGCAUAGAGGCCGCCGAGAACCUACGCGACAUCAUUUACGAGCAGGCGGGCCAGAACAUCAAGAUGGACGUUAGCCAGAAGAGUACGUUUAUAUUUGGCGACGGCAACUCCAAGACCUGCACCGGCAAGGCUACCUUUCCUCUCAAGAUUGCUGGUGUGGACGGCGAGCUCGAGAUUAACAUCCUCGACGCCGAUGCCCCGCUCUUCAUCGGAGUGGAUGUUCUGAGCCGCCUGGGAACUGUGAUCGACUGCGAGGAACAUUCUGUGUACUUCAAGAAGCUCGGCCUCAAGCACCUCAUCAGCACUUACGAGUACGGGGACAUCAUCAUUACCUACGCCUACAGGGACACCAUCAUCCUUUACGUUUACAGGGAUAUCACCAUCACCUACGCCUCCGGGAGCUCCGAUUUCGGCAACCAGAUUGCCUUCCAUAUUCGCAUGAGCCUCAACCGCGAGACGAAAUGCCGCAAAGCAGAGAGCCAGCAAGUGAAGCUGGAGAACGAGGAAAUGGACGGCCCCUGGGAGCAGGUGGACGUUCGAGUGCCUCUGGAGGACUCGGGAGCAUCGGCGACGUGCCGCUCACCGACGUCGACGAGGCCUACGCUACAACGGAUACUGCCGCAGGGGCGACUGAUCGCUCACCAGGACACGAAGGGCAACAUCUUCUACACGGUCGAGGGCUCGGAGCUGGACCACAGCAAGAAGCGGAUGACGGACAUCGUCCUACUGGAGCACCUGCCGAAUUGGGAGAUGUGGUCCAGCAAGCUCCUCCGGCAGUGGACACAGUGCCGCCGCUGGGGGCGGGUCAUUCAGAAGGUCUUUCUCAAGACGAUCGACCACGUGAACUGGAAGCUGGACAGUCUCGGCCUACCUGUGCAGCUGCUACCAGAGAAGUACCCGACCUGGCCGACGGACCUCGAGAACCGUGCGAAGAUCGAGCAGUGUCCGCCGAGCACGAAGGUGAGUGCGUUUGCAGCGCUGAGCUCAGAGCAGAUCUACGAGCAGCUCAGCAUGGUCACGCUGGGCAACCACCUCAGGCCCCUGUGCAAGAUGUGGGGGUUGACCCAGUCGGGCAAGAAGGAGGAGGUGGUCGACAAGAUCAUAGCGUACAUCAUCGAGCAGCGCGGCUCGUCGGCAGCGACGAUCAAGAUCAAGAUGGAGACCGAGACGAAGAAGACGGAGAAGGCGCCUAUGACCGUGUGCCCGGCGCUUCCAGCUCACUACACGCAGAUGUGCCAGCACCCGGACUGCAAGCUAUGCCGAGGUAUCGCGAAGAACGAGCCGAUCGUGAAGGUGAAGCCCUACGGGUGGUGCCACCAGGCGAUCCGCGCAGCUACUCACAUGACGAGAUCGGCCAUCUUCGGAGCUACGUGCGCCCUCACGACCUUCGGCCGCCUGACGAUGGUCGAAGCGUGCACCCACGAGGACUCGAACCUCGGUAAGGUGUGCGACGAGAAGGGCUACCACUACGAGCGUCUCGGCCUGUUCAACGAGAACGACCUCAGCAAGCCGCAGGGUUACCACAAGGCGAAGUUCUUGCUGGACGAGAAGCGCCCGGAGCUCUUCGUCAGCACUCCACCCUGCGGGCCCUGGUCGAUAAUGCAGAACGUCAACCAGCGCGAUGACAGGCAGAGGGAGAACCUUCGCAGGAAGCGCCUCAAGAGCCAGCGGAUCUUCGAGAACAACAAGAGGCUCAUAGAGCACCAGGUGCUCAACCUGGACGGCUCGGCCCUCGCCGAGCAGCCACACAACAGUCGGUCGUGGCAAAAGACCUGCUGGAAGGACCUCCACAAGAUACUCCCCUACGAGGUGAUCGUGGACGGCUGCGCCUGCGGACUAAGAGCUCCCGACACAGGCGAGCUCAUGAAGAAGCGCUGGAAGUUUCUGACGAACGACAAGAGGAUCUGGGUGGCCCUACAGCCGCUACAAUGCCGUGGAGGUUACUACCACGAGGAGAUUGAGAGCAGCCUGAGGACUGAGGCUUCGGGCUACUACCCCAAGAUGCUGCGCCGCCGGAUCCUCCGGGCUCUGACUAAGAGCCAGAACCAGAACUACUUCGAGGACGAGGUUGUGAAGUGCCUCUGCAUGGCAGCUACCCAGCAGCCACCGACGGAGCCUACGCCUGUGGAGGUGCUACGACUGGCCAAGACAUUCAAGUGCGACAUCUGCGACGCGCACCGACCACCGACGAAGCGGCCACCAGCCUCAUCAGCAGAGCAGCCGCAGAACGGUCACGAGGUUCUCUUCGACGCCUUCUCAUGGAUCCGUCGCAGCAAGAAGACGAACGUGAUGGCGCUGGCGAUCCUCGACGCCGGCUCAGACAUCCUCUACGUGCGACUGAUCGACGAGAAGGAGAUCCCGGGUACGACUCGACAAGUUCGUGCCGGCGACCUUCGACAUAUUUUUGCGACAAAGUGGUUUCCCUGGAUGGGACGUCCGAAGGUCAUGCGCUACGAUCCCGCUGGCAGCGCCAUCUCUAACGAGUUCCGCGAGUGGAUCGAGAGCCAGGGAGUCUACUGUCUUCCAUGCGCGGCCGACGCCCACUGGCAGAUCGGCAAGAUUGAACGCGCGAUCGAAGCCUUCAAGGAGGCCCUCGACGCUUUUGACGAGAUGGUCUCAGCUGAAGUACCUACCAGCGAGAUGAUUGGACUCCAGACAGCUGCCAGGAACGACCUGAUCAGGAUCGACGGGUUCAGCCCACUGCAGCGCUAUGCGGGGCGGACCCCGACGGGGACCACGGUUAACCUGUCCGACGAGCCGAACAACCUGCCCCUCAUCAGCGCCGAGCUGCAGGAUGGCACCUUCAGCAGGGACGCCCAAGUUCGACGACUGGCGCGGCUGGCUCACAUCCAGACCGAAAACUCCGACCGAGUCAAACGGGCGGAGGCAGCGCGCUUCAGGUCCUUCAAGAGGUACGAGACGGGCGACCUGGUCUGCGUCUACAGGAGGAUCCCACCAGGAGCCUGGAUCAAGAAAGGCCAACCUCGCUCCAUGCCUGGGCGAGGCCGUUGGUACGGACCUGGACGAGUACUCUGCCACGAGCCAUCGAGCUCGGGACAUCGACCUGGUCUACCUGGGACAGUGGUCAACAUCACACUGGCUGGACGCCUCUAUCGAGUUGCCCCAGAACAGCUUCGACCUGCUACGCCCUCCGAAGAGGCGAUGGACUGUCUACGCUCGCGUCGCGAGCAGCCGGGGACGUGGACCUUCGGCGACGUCCAGAAGCUGCUCGACCAGAACGAGGUGAUCGACCUUUCGAACGAGUCCCCGCCUACUGGCGAGGACCUUGCCGCUGACGACGGCGAGUCUGUCAGCGCUCGCACCUUCGAGGGCAACGCGAGCGGACCCUGGGCCAUUCCUGAGGACUGGAAGAGCGACCUCUUCCCGGACCGCGACCUCCAUGAAGGGGAGAUCGUCAUGGAGGCUCCUCCCGACGACGACCAAGCGGAGCGUCCGUCUCAGCAGCCCAUUGCGGUGGACACGGACGACGACCUCGACGAGACUACGGCGCCCGACGUGAACGACAAGCGCCGGCUGCGGUCGCCUGGCUCGACCGAGCCACCUGCCAAGAAGCAGCGGAUCAACGUCGCGACCCAGGAGGCCUUCUCCUACUACCUGCAGGAGGGCAACUUCUACGGGGACUACGCCUACAGCGUCCAGCAGUACGACGAGACGAAGGAGGACGACGAGCUCAUCGUGCUGGACAUCCCCGUCAGCAACGAGCACGCGUUCAUGGCCUACAUGGACGAUCCCAGCAAUUUCGUGGCAUCACAGGCCCGGAAGGGCCGACUGGAGGUUUCCUUCAAGAAGGCGACGCCGGAGGAAAAGAAGCUGCUACUUGAGGCCCAGCAGAAAGAGUGCACCUCCGUCCUCAGCACGAAGGCUGUCAGGAUCCUCAGCCGCAAGGGGAUCGACCCGGCGCGCCUGCUGCGCUGCCGCUUCGUGCUGACCUGGAAGAAGGACGAGCAGGGCAACGUGCUCCGAGGCAAGGCCAGAUUGGUCGUACUUGGCUUCAGCGACCCCGAUCUACUACACCUACGGACAGAAUCACCAGUUGCCUCAAGACGUGCACGACAACUUCUACUGGCCAUGGCAGCAAGACACAAGUGGAAGCUGGAGAAGGCAGACGCAGUGACAGCCUUCCUCCAGGGCGAGACUGACGAGGAGAAGAGGAAGAUCUACGCCGACCCGCCGAAAGAUGCUCGUCAGGCAUUCGGCAUGAAAGAUGACGAUGUACUACAGUUCCUCAAGCCUAUGUACGGGUUCGUACAUGCUCCUCGCAAGUGGUGGCUCCAUUUCAAGGACACGCUCAGGACGCUGAAGCUGGAGAUCGUGCAGUGCGAGCCUUGCGUCUGGGUCAUCCGAGACGGCAACAAGAUGGUUGGCAUGGUCAUCCUACACGUCGACGAUAUGAUGAUUGCCGGCGAUCACAACAACUCGGCCUUUCUCAAGAAGCGUCAGGAGAUUCAACAAGCUUUCGAAUGGACACCCUGGGAGAGCCGAGCGUUCGUGAAGUGCGCCAUCAGCAUUCGACAGAACGAGGACUACACCUGCAGCCUCGCACAGGACAGCUACAGCCUGAACGUGGAGCCCAUCAAGAUACGACGUGGGAGGAAACCCACAGAAGGAGUUUCAGACAAGGAGAGAUCAGACCUACGAGGCCGACUUGGUACAGUCGGAUGGCGAGCUCAGCAGUCGGCCCCGUGGCUCAGCGCAAAAGUCUCUCUACUUCAAGCGGAGAUACCUACGGCCACGGUCUCAACCAUCCAGAAGAUCAACAAACUUAUCCGCACCAUGAAUGACACCGCCGACGUGGUCAUGCUCAUCCCGGCCAUUGAGCAGAUUGCCGUGGUUGGCUGGGGCGAUGCAGCCUGGGCCGCCCGUAUCACCGGCGAGUCCCAAGGCGGAGAAAUCGUUGUUCUGGCCCCCCUGUCCUUCCUGAGUGGCUCGACAGAGACGGUUGCGCCUAUCUCUUGGAGAUCAUGCAAGCUACCAAGAGUGGCCAGAAGCAGUACGAGUGCGGAGGUCCAGAUGAUGACUGAGCCCCUGGACGAGAUCAGUUACGUGCGACUAUUUAUCUACGAGCUGGAGUGCGGUCAAGUGGACUACACCAACAAGCAGCACGUGAACGACGCCAUCUCAUCCUGCCCUGGCGUACUGGUCACAGACGGUAAGUCGGGCUAUGACGCGAUCGAGAAGAGUGAGUCAGCUGGUCUCGGCCUACGUGACAAGCGGACGAGCAUCGAGUGCCUGGGCAUUCGACAGCAGAAGGAGCAGACGGCCCUCCAGAUACGCUGGGUACACAGCGACGCCAUGUUAGCCGACGGGUUGACCAAGGAUCGUGCAGCCAAGGUCUUGCUGGAGUUCUUCAGAUCAGGCCAACGCUGGAGACUCGUGGACGACCCCCUUCACCGCAGUGCCAGGAAGCGCAAGACCGAGGGUAUGGACAAGCUCGACCAUGGCAAGCCGAUAUCGGACGAUUGCGAGAACGCCAUGCUGGAGGCCCUGACCUACUACGCCCGCGACAACCCCGACGAGCAGGAGAGCCCUGCUGGAGAUGCAGCCCUGUGGGGCAUGAUGAAGCCGCUCACGCGCUCUGUGCUUUCUGUGAAUUCAGUUGCCAGAGGCAGGUCUCGAUGCCGUAACAUCGAUCUUUAG